AUGACGGAUGGUGAGGUGAGGGCACCCAUGUUACAAAUGGCCGAAGACAUCACCACUCAAGAUAAAGACAUUACGAUACAAGAUAAUAGAGAGGUUGUUACUCGAGAGAAUCAACAUGCUAGUACUAUGGCUAGCCGUUUGACAGAUUUUAAGAGGAUGAAUCCUUCUAUUUCUCUUGGAUCAAAAGUCUAUACGAUAUUUUUUGCUAUGGGGGUUGAAGAUAAUCAUCUAAAGAAGAGGUACAGAGAAGCUAAGAAGGCUAGGUCUUUUGAAAGUGGUUCUUUUAAUAAUAGGCUUGAUAUGCAAGACAAGCCUCAGUUCAAGAAGAGGUUUUCAAAUCAGGUUCCUUCUAAUUUCUACAAUAAUUGCAAUAAUGGAGGUUCUAAUCUUAAACCUCAAAAAGAGAGAAAUGUUAAUCCACCAAAAGAAAGACCAAUUUGUGGUAAGUGUGGUGAGAAAGAUAUGGGCGAAUGCCUUGUUGGGACUAAUAGUUGCUAUGGUUGUGGAAAGGUUGUCCAUAUUGUGAAAGAUUGUCCUUAUGUGAGAAUUCAAGGCAAGGCAAAUGGACAAACUCAAUCAAGCGCUCCUAGUUUUGAUGGUACAAAAAGGAACCUUUUUUAUGAACUCAAGGCUAGCGGUGAACAAGAGAUCUUUCCCAAAGUGGUGACGAGUAUUUUAGAAGUUUUCAGUUAA